AUGGCAUCCAAACCAACAGUUCGCAUCCCCAUCAUCGACAUCAGCGGGUACCUCGCCGGCGAUGCAACUUCAAAAGCAAAAGCCGUCUUGGAGAUCCGCUCCGCCUGCGAAGAGCAAGGCUUCCUGCAGAUAACGGGGCACAACGUCCCGCCCUCUAUCCAAGAGGCCUUCCUCACGCAGAUCGCGAAAUUCUUCUCUCUACCGCUCGACGAGAAGGAGAGGGUCUCACAGGCUCAUUCGCCAUGUCAUCGCGGGUACGAGCGCAUCGGAGGCCAGAAACUCGAUGAACUCGAUGAGAAAGCGGGGCCAGAUCAGAAGGAGGGGUUCUCUGUCCGACGUGAGAGACCGCUCGGUGGAUUUCUACAGGGGCCGAAUCAGUGGCCGGAUCCGGCUGUGUUGCCUGAGUUCCAGAGGGCGUAUAUGGCGUACUUUGAUGCGGUGCAUGGGUUGUCGAGAAGCAUGUUCCGGCUUAUUGCGCUGAGUUUGGGGUUGGAGGAGGGCUAUUUUGAUUAUUUUGCGGCUGAUCCCGAUGGACUGUGCCUCUGUCGCGCGCACCAUUACCCACCUACACCUCCCGACGCCGCAGGGCGAACGCGCGGAGUAGGCGCCCAUACGGACUUCGGUGCGCUGACUCUACUACUACAAGACGAUGUCGGCGGUCUCGAAGUCCUCCACAAAGCAAGCAACACCUGGCACCACGUCCCACCGAUCCCCGGCGCAUAUGUCUGCAACAUCGGUGACCUGAUGCAGCGGUGGACGAACGACCGGUACAAGUCAACAAUGCACCGGGUAGUCUCUCCUCUGAGCGGGAAGGACCGGUACUCGUGUGCGUUUUUCAAUGAUGGCGCGCUUGAUACGGUUGUUGAGUGUUUGCCCACUUGCGUUGAGCCUGGGGGUAAGCCGCAUUAUGGCCCGAUCAGGGUCAAGGAGCAUCUUGUUGCCCGGUAUCAGCAGAGCUAUGGGGCGGCGGGGACGGUUAUUGGGGAUGUGUAG